AUUGAUCCAUAUUUGCAAAAAUUGUGUGCAGCAAGAGAACAGUGCGCGCGAGAAGAAGAAAACGCAGCAUCAGCGGAAAAGAGAAGAAGAAAGGGUUGUGCAUUGUAUUUUGGUACUGUAAACGUGUUCCAUUGUAACUGAAAUUUCAGAAGAAGAUCAACAAAAGAAACAGAGCCAAAAAUGAAGAUGGUAAACUCCUUCAACCUCAAGAGAGCUGCAGCUGGGAUUAAACGGAUUAAUCUAGACGGCCUCCGGUGGCGAGUUUUCGAUGCCAAGGGCCAGAUUCUUGGGAGGUUAGCAUCUCAAAUAGCUACUGUCGUUCAAGGAAAGGAUAAGCCGACUUAUACUCCUAACCGUGAUGAUGGAGAUAUCUGCGUUGUGCUUAACGCCAAAGAUAUUUGUGUGUCUGGGAGAAAACUUACAGACAAGGUCUACUACUGGCAUACAGGGUAUAUGGGCCACCUUAAGAAAAGAACUCUGAAGGAUCAGAUGGCUAAAGACCCUACGGAUGUUAUUCGCAAAGCUAUUCUACGCAUGCUGCCUAAAAACAACCUACGUGAUGACAGGGAUAGAAAAUUAAGGAUCUUUCCUGGAAGUGAGCACCCUUUUGGUGAUCGGCCACUGGAGCCUUAUGUGAUGCCUCCCAGGACAGUGCGAGAAAUGCGACCACGAGAAAGGCGUGCAAUGAUUCGAGCACAGAAGAAGGCGGAACAGCAACAAGAGAAUGCUGAGCAGCGACAACAGAAUGCUGAUGAAUUGAAGAAUGGCAAAAAGAGUGAAGCACAAGAGAGUGCAUGAAAACGUUAUUUGCUCAUGGGGGUUGAUACUAACCUAUGGGUCAUCAUUAACAAAAAGCCAUCUUUAUUUGUAGUGUUUGCCAAAACCUAUAAAAUCUUGAUUUGUGUUUGAAUUAUUGUUUCUAAGGUUUCCUAAAGAUUGUAGUUAAGAAGAAACUGUGUUUAAUAAACAAUCUUGCAUCUUUUUGUGAUAAUGCUUCAAGUUCAAAUCUGAAAGUGUAAGGCAAACUGCUACUUUUGCAUUUUAAAGAUACUGUUUUUUAUUUUC